CCCUGCAACGAACAAAUCAAGAACCACACUCGGAACAUGGCUCCAAACAUGAACAACGAACCCGAUCAGGAGCUCAGUAUCGACAAACCUGUGAGCAUCGACGCAUCUAGUGGCACAAGCACCGGCUCAACAAGCUCCGCGCCGUUCCGCAAGACUCUCGUUGAAGGCGAGCCCGGCACCAUCACUGGUCGCCCUCUACGUCUCUACGCCGAUGGCGUCUUCGAUCUCUUCCACUUUGGACAUGCCAAGGCUCUGCAGCAAUGCAAAGAAGCGUACCCCAACACGUACUUGCUGGUUGGCUGCUGCAAUGACGAGAUCACACACGGACUAAAAGGCCGCACGGUCAUGACGGACAAGGAGCGCUAUGAGUCGCUUCGUCACUGCAAGUGGGUGGACGAGGUCGUGGAGGACGCUCCGUGGGUGAUCAACGACGCCUUCAUUGAGAAGCACAAGAUUGACUUCGUGUGUCAUGACGCUUUGCCGUACUCGGACACCUCGGGUGAUGCAUCUGACGGAGAUGUGUAUGCGCGAAUCAAGGCCAUGGGCAAGUUCCUCGAGACGCGACGCACGGAUGGCAUCUCGACCUCCGACCUGAUUAUUCGAAUUGUUGCGGAGUACGACACCUUCAUCCGCCGCAACUUGCAGCGCGGCUACACUGGUAAAGAGAUGAAUGUGUCCUUCUUAAAAGAGCAGGGAAUACGACUUGACAUGGCAAUGGACAAGGUGAAGGAGCGUGUUGCCAAUGUCUUCAGUCGAAAGCCAGGGCGAUUCGACCAGCGGCAAUCUGUGUAAGCAAGUCCGCGUGUGGCAACAAAAUAGAGCUUCCCCGUGUGUCCGAAAUAAGCAAUCAAACCAUGAAAACACGUUACCAUU